GGCUAUUUAUAACUUAGUGUACCAAAUCCCUUCCCAACUGUCAGCUAAAUGCAGACGAUUUCCAGGGCUCUGAGAGAGCACAGUGUGCUCAGCCUCCGCAACACAGGCCGCUUAUAUUUGCCAUCAUUUGGGUUAAAAUCUGUCGCCUUUACUCAAUUUGGGGCAGGUGUUGCUGUCAGCCAUUCUGCUGCUUUAAAUUUGGUUGCUCUUCAGAAGUUUCCUGGCGAAUUUCCCGCCAAAUUUCGAAGACCAUUGACGCCACGCCCCCUGACCGCAGCCUCCUGGAUUUUGCCGCCAUUAUUCAUAUUUGGACAACAUUUUAGUUCCUGUCACCUCAGACCAAUAGCACAAAGCCAACUGGCAGUGAAACAUCUUGAUAUAAAUUUCCCAAAAUCUAUACUGUUUGGUUCCUACCACUCUUUCUUUUGGUGUGUUCCUGAGGUACAGAAUUUCUCCUCAUCUUCCAAUAUGGCUGCAAGUGGGAAGAUUGAUUUAAAUUCCCCCUCUACCAGUUGGAAGGAAGCAAAAAAUUUCCUGAAGGGCCUGGACACGAAAAAAAGGCGUGAACAUUAUGGUAUUAAAGAUUAUAUCAAGCUUAAGGAGAUACCAACAUGGAAGGACACUGCAAAAAAAAUGAAAAUCAAACAGCCUGAGGAAGUGAAAUAUCCAAAGAAUAAAGAUCUUCUUGACAAAAUAUCUGUCUUUAGAGGUGACAUCACGAAACUGGAGUUAGAUGCUAUCGUCACUUCAGGAGCAUCAAUGCACUACUGCGAGCUAGCUUAACACUUCGAAUGAGCC